UUCAGUUCAAUUCAAUCCUUCGUGAAGUGAGUGUCGGACAAAUAUUUUUAGUGGGUAAUUUCAUAAAAUUAUCUUUAAAUUUGAUUCGUAGCCAAAAAUCAUGAUCCGAAACGGAACUGUGCCAUUAAAAUAUAAGCCAUUUGUCACGUGGUUUUGAAAUUCUUAUCUGACAAGAAUUUCCUGACAAUUCACAGCUUAUUUAUCUAUUUCAAUAAACAAGGUUAAUUCUAUAGAAAGAUGUUGAUUCGUGUGAUUAUAGUGUUAAUGUGUAUUUUUAUUGUUAAAACAUGUUGGGGAUUCACUGGAAGAGGAUUAAUGUAUCCUGGACGUACGGAUUUGUUUGAACUUUCUGUGAUACAUAUUAACGAUUUUCACGCUAGGUUUGUUGAAACGAGUCCAUUUUCCGGAAGUUGUAAUGAAUCACAGAAAAAAGAUUGCAUUGGUGGAAUUGCAAGGGUAGUCACGGCAAGUCGCCAAUUACUUGACGAGAGACCAAAUUCUAUUUUUCUAAAUGCCGGUGAUAAUUUUCAAGGGACAAUAUGGUACAAUUUUUUCAAAUGGAACGCUACUGCUCAUUUUAUGAAUCUUUUACCACAUGACGCUAUGACCAUUGGAAAUCAUGAAUUUGACGAUUCAAUUGAUGGACUCGUUCCAUUUUUAAAAAGAAUAAAGUGUCCAAUUGUUGUGGCAAAUAUUGACAGCUCAAAAGAACCCAGAUUACAGGGACUUUAUAAAAAUAGUACAAUCAUUAACAGAGGUGGGAAAAAAAUUGGAGUAAUCGGUGUAAUCUUAAAAUCAACAAAUCUAAUUGCAAAAACAGAAAAAUUGUCAUUUUUGGAUGAAGUGGAUUCAGUAAAUGAUGAAGCUGAAAGACUGAAAGUUCAAGGAGUCGACAUUAUUAUAGUAUUAAGCCAUUGUGGAUUAAAUGUUGACAGAAAAAUUGCAGCAGAAUGUCCAAAUAUUGAUCUUAUAGUUGGAGGACACUCACAUACAUUCCUUUAUUCUGGUAAUAAGCCAUACACAGAUGUACCUGAAGAUGUGUAUCCUGUUUAUGUGAAACAAAGCACCGGUAGAACAGUAUUAAUUGUUCAAGCUGCCGCUUUUACGAGGUAUAUUGGAAAUUUGACUGUCUGGUUCGAUUCUCAAGGUGAAAUUCUCGACUGGGAUGGAAAUCCAAUUCUGUUAGAUUAUUCGAUUGAAGAAGAUCCAGAAAUAUUGGCAGCUCUUCAGCCAUGGAAGCAGGAAGCAGAUCGACAAGGAUCAGUGGAAAUUGGCGAGACAAGAGUUCAUCUCCAGGGAUUGAGAAAUUGUCAAAGUGGUGAAUGUAAUUUAGGAAAUUUAUUAACCGAUUCAAUGGUAGAUUAUUACGUUAAAGAAAAUGUGAAUAAUACUUACUGGACGACUGCAGCAAUUGCUGUCCUUAAUUCCGGAACUAUUCGCGGUGAUAUUAGUAAUAAUCCUGGAAUAAUAAAAUACGAGGAUCUCAUAAUUGUUGCUCCAUUUGGUAACACUUACGACCUUGUGGAAUUAAAGGGCAGUGAUAUUUUAAAGACUUUAGAGAAAGCAGUUCUCACUAGUUAUUCAGCAGAAAAAUUUAUCGGACAAAGUUUUCUUCAAUGGUCAGGAUUAAAAGUCACCUAUAAUCUAUCAAAUCCAGAUUAUUCACGUGUAAUCGACGUGAAAGUGAGAUGUCAAGUUUGUCUAAUGCCAAAAUACGAGAAUUUAAUUUCUGAAAAAUGGUAUAAUAUAGUGACAACUAGUUUUUUGUUAAACGGAGGCGAUAAUCACACUGACCUACAACACGGUCAUCGUAAUCACAGAGCUGGACCAUUGGAUGUUGAUUAUCUCGUGGGAUUUUUUAAAAGAAAGAGUCCAAUUAUUUACGGUACCGAAGGCAGGCAGACACUUCUCGGCAAUUGGAAGAAAUCAUAUUUAUGAGAAUUUUUGUUUUUGAAUUAAAAAUUUAAUUCAAAGAAAUGAAGAAUGACAUUUUUUUUAUAUCGAACAAAAAGAGAAAGAAAAAUUCGAAUCGAGACAUAAUUUUUUAUUAUGAAG